CUACAAACACACUGCACGCGCACUAAAAAAAACAUGGCGGACUAACGUCACAUUUGAGGUAUUAGCCAAGUUCAAGCGAGGAGGGAGGAACUCCGGGCGCCUGCAUUUGGACGCCAUCCUCGAAAAAGGCGCCCUUCUUUUGAAAGGAAGAGAAAACGGAACUGAAGUGAAGGCACCGUGUUCCCGCACACUAAUGCAGGACUAAGGUCAAUCCAGAUAUAACAGAAUCAUGAAAAAACCUGUGCCAGCGAAAGUUAUCGAGUGGAAAGACGGCAGACGCAUCAAGCAUUCCCGCAGCGGGCGGCCCUCACGAGUUCCCUCGCAGUAUCAAGGCCACUUCAGUUGGGAUAAGUAUUUGAAAGAGACGGGUGCUAUAGCUGCUCCAGCCCACUGUUUCAAACAGAGCGCUACACCCCCGGUCAAUGAGUUCAAGGCAGGAAUGAAGCUGGAAGCUCAGGACCCCAGGAACACCACUUCUACCUGCAUCGCCACAGUGGUGGGCCUGACCGGCUCACGUCUCCGGCUGCGCCUCGAUGGAAGUGACAACAAAAACGACUUCUGGCGCCUGGUGGACUCAUCUGAGAUCCAGCCCAUCGGUAGCUGCGAGAAGAAUGGAGGCAUGCUGCAGCCACCCCUGGGGUUCCGUCUGAACGCGUCGUCCUGGCCAAUGUUCUUACUGAAAACGCUCAACGGUGCCGAGAUGGCCCCAGCACGAAUCUUUCACAAGGUAUCCGUCGGAUUUUCAUACACCUCAUCUGCACCACAUCUGCUGCAGGAACCGCCUUCUCCAGAGCAGAAUCAUUUCCAGGUGGGGAUGAAGCUGGAGGCGGUGGACAGGAAGAACCCUCAUUUUAUCUGUCCUGCCACAGUAGGGGCACUGCGAGGGGUGGAGGUGCUGGUCACCUUCGAUGGCUGGAGGGGAGCUUUUGACUAUUACUGCCGUUACGACUCCAGAGACAUCUUUCCUGUAGGCUGGUGCACUCUCACCGGAGACAACCUUCAGCCGCCUGGCACUAAAGUGGGUUUGCCAAGGCCACUGGGUGCUUCAGGUGCGCUACCUGACAGCAGCGUGGAGGGCGUAGACAUGCCCAUGCCCCCAGCGCCCAGCAGGCCUCCUGCCCAGAAGCGCCGUAAACCUGGACGCAAGAAAAGCAGGCCAUCCAGCUCCUGGGCUCAGAAAGAUAGCACGUCUACUGAGGUGCCCCAGACAGAUCAGCCAGGAAAUGGACCGGAACCUUUGAAAAUCCCAAAGAAGAGAGGGCCCAAACCUGGGAGUAAGAUGGGUUGGGUUAAGCAUGCUGCAUGGUUGGAAGGGGCAAUGGCAGGUCCUGGCAGACCCAGAGGCCGAAUGUCAGCUAACUGGACACAGAAACUACAUCAGCAAAAUGAGAUAGAAACCAUCAAGAUCCCAAAGAAGAGAGGCCCCAAACCUGGCACCAAGAGAAAACAGCGUGUGGCUUCUGACCCAGUGCCCGCAUCCCCCACCAGUAGCACGCCAGAGCCUGACACCAGCUCUGUGCCACUGGAUAACGCCACCAUCCCCAGCGCUGCCAUGCAGGCUCCUACAGUGUGCGUGUAUCUGAAUAAGCAGGGGAAGGUGGGUCCUCACUUGGACGUACGGCGCGUGCAGGCUCUGCCAGACCACUUUGGGCCUGGUCGGGCGUCUUCAGUGCUGCAGCAGUGUGUUCAGGCCUGUGUGGACUGUGCACAUAACCAGAGGGUUGUCUUCUCCUGUCUCAAACCAGGUCAUGGAGGAGAGCUCAUCUCAGCCCACUUUGAUCAGAAGCAGCACACUCUUACGCUGCCUGCAGUGAACAGUGUGACGUAUGUGCUGCGCUUCCUGGAGAAGCUCUGCCACAAUCUGCGCUGUGAGCCACUGUUUGGAAGCCAGCCAGUGCCUCUGGGAGGAGGGCAUUACGACAGCCACAGCUACACAGAGAGGAGGAGCUUUUCAGAGUGUCUCAGUUCAGGACCAGGUCGAGGGACAAAGAGAUUUCUGUCAGACUCCUGUAGCAGCAGCUCGCUACCACAUAAAAUGGCUAAAAGCCACUGCCUCUCAUCUGAAGAGUCUUUUCUGGUGGAGAAUGGAGGCUCGGAACACUUGGAUAAAACGCAAAUGUCCCCUACUAAGGCUCUGAGUUUGUACCCUCACUCUCAGAACACAAUCUCUCCUGGUCAGCUGUGUCGCCUUGGCUCUGCAGGUUCAGAGCGUUUCCUGAACUCCCGAGAGAGCCCUCGACCCAGUGGGCAGGAUCCAAACCUGUGGACAGUGGAGGACGUUAUGCACUUCAUCAGAGAGCUGGACCCUCAGCUUGGCCCACAUGCAGAGCUGUUCCGCAAACAUGAGAUUGACGGGAAGGCUCUCCUUUUACUGCGAAGUGACAUGAUGAUGAAGUACAUGGGCCUGAAGCUCGGUCCUGCUCUCAAACUUGCCUUCCACAUAGACAAGCUGAAACAGGGUCGCUAAGGCUGACCUUUAACCCCUCCUCGACUCCACCAAGCACAUAGUAUAGUGGAAACCUUGAGUCCACUGAAGCUUUACUGAAGCAUUACGGUUAUUGCAGAGGUCAUUUCAGAACGUGCGUGUCUGUUAUAUGUUUGUGUCUCCCCGUUCUCAUUUGUUUCGAUGCCCAUUACAUGUAGCACUCUCAUCCCUGUUGUCAUGACAGGGGCAGUUAACUAAUGCACAUUUCUUUCCCCAACGUUCUGUGUUCCUGCUUUUGCCAGGUCUUGAACUAUGCAGGCUCAGAGCUGCAUGGACAGAAGGCAGGCCAUUUUCAGGCCUCUGGUUUUUUUUUUUUUAAUACAUUCUUAUUUUUAAUCCUCUAUAGCCAUAGUCAAAAAGGGCUUGGAUUCCCCCCCCCCCCCCCAGUUUUCUUUUAACAGAGAUCACACAAACACUAGAUCUGUCCCAAUAAACUUUGGGACUGGUUUUAAUUCAUAUCUUGCUCUGAGGCACUUUCAUAUCUCAUACAGUACUUUACACAUAUCUACACAUCUAACCUGCAAUUAAUGCCAUGAUAAACUGCAUUUCUUUUGUAUGGUCUCGUUUAUUAUGUGUCCGUGGUUAAUUUGUACUUUUUUACAGUUUUAUACUAUAUUGUUAGUUCAUACAUUGUGAUAAGACUGAAAUAAAGAUAUGAAGUCGUUUGACAGAUUUUAAAA